AUGCCCAACAAUAAAAAAGACUUUCGAUUGUUGAUAAAGGCCAUAUCUACACCAGAGAAGCCCUCUACCAAACUGCAGCCGGAAACUGUUACCGUCAAUGAAGGAGAAAAUGUCACGUUAUUUUGUAACUCUUCUGGAAGCUCUCUAACAAUAACCUGGAAAUUCAACGGGUCUGAUGUAACCACCUCAGGGGAUUCAAGGAUCAGUUUUUCAGAUGACAAUCGACAUUUGAUUAUCACGAACGUGAGCAGGGUAAACAAAGGGGAAUACAAAUGUGUCGCGAGCAACAAGGUUGGAAACUACACAUCUAAUGUUGCCUUUGUGUCUGUUGAAUUUGCGCCAGAAGUCACAAUCAUUGGAGAUCAAAAACGGUAUUUAGCCAACGGCACUGAUCUAUUACUGACAUGCCAAUUCAAAGCCUUGCCUACCGUUUCUGAAGUGCAGUGGGUAAAAGAUGGGAUUCUAAUUGCAUCAACCCUUGCUACGCCUUUGAAUGGGUCACGUGAGACUAUUUCACACCAAAAUGAAAGCCAAGCUCAGCUGUCGAUCAUCGCAGUUUCCUUGAAAAAUACUGGAAAUUACACCUGCAAUGUUACAAAUAAUGUUGGUAGCUCUUUGAACUGGACAUCGAUUGUCAUUCAAGUGACGCCUUCUAUAGAGCAGGACCCAAAAGCCAGUCCGAUCAAAGAGGGAGAAAACUUGACUCUAUUUUGCAACGCUUCUGGAAGCUCUUUGAGGAUAUCAUGGGAAAAAAAUGGAUCUGAUGUAAAUUCCAGCGAGGAUUCGAGAAUCCUUUUGUCAAGAGAAAACGUACAGCUGACAAUAGUUAAUGUGAGAAAAACAGACAGGGGAGCCUACCAGUGUGUGGCGAGCAACGAGGUUGGAGUUGCUACCUCCAAUGCUGCCAUAGUAAAUGUUCAAUUUGGGCCUGAAAUCUCUGAACCUCCAAUUGAUAACACGAAAAUGGAAGGACAGACUAUUGUAUUCAGUUGCAUGGUGGCUGGAUACCCUGCACCUGCGGUUGCUUGGACAAAGAAUGGCGUCGAAUUAAAUGUAACAGCAAAUUUACGACUAAAUGUCUCUUCCAAGGACGGAAAUCACACUUUGAAAAUAACAGAUGUUCAAAAGUCAGAUGCAGGACAAUAUAGAUGUGUCGCUAAAAACAGUUUGCAGACCUCAGAGUCAUCUCCUUCGACUCUUACAGUGCAAUUUGCACCAGAGGUGACAAUUGACGGAGAUCAAAUACAUUAUGUAGCCAACAGCACAAAUUUACUGCUUACGUGCAGGUUUAACGCCUUACCGCCUGUGUCUAGGGUGCAGUGGAAAAAAAAUGGAAAAGUGAUUGCAGUUAAUGCCACUAAGACUAAUAGUGGAUCAAGAGUGACUGACAUCUUUUAUAAUGAAAGUCUAUCACAGCUGUUAAUCGCAUCAGCUUCCUCACAGGAUUCUGGAAAUUACAUCUGCAAUGUUACAAAUACAGUCAAUGGUACAACAGAUUCGACAUCGAUUGUUAUUCAAGAGAAGCCCUCCACCAAAUUGCAGCCAGAAACUGUUACCGUCAAGGAGGGAGAAAAUGACACGUUAUUUUGUAACUCUUCUGGAAGCUCUCUAACAAUAACGUGGAAAUUCAACGGAAUUGAUGUAACCACCUCAAGGGAUUCAAGGAUCAGUUUUUCAGAUGGCAAUCGACAUUUGAUUAUAACGAACGUGAGCAGGGUAAACAAGGGGGAAUACAAAUGUGUGGCGAGCAACAAGGUUGGAAACGAUACAUCUAACACUGCCUUUGUACUAGUUGAAUUUGGACCUGAAAUCUCCGAACCUCCAACUAAUCGCACAAAGGAGGAAAAACAAACCGUUGAUUUCAGUUGCGUAGUCGCAGGAUACCCUACACCUGAUGUCGUUUGGACAAAAAAUAGACUGGAAUUGAAUGUGAAAGGAGAUGUGCGACUUAGUGUAUCUUCCAAUGAUGGAGACCACCAAUUGAACAUAUCAAAUGUUCAACAAUCAGAUGCAGGGCAGUACAGAUGUGUAGCCAAUAACAGUUUGGAUACCGUGACUUCAUCUUCAGCGACCCUAAUAGUACAAUUUGCACCAGAAGUCACAAUCGAUGGAGAUCAAAAAUGGUAUUUAGCCAACGGCACUGAUUUACUGCUGACAUGCCAAUUCAACGCCUUGCCUACUGUUUCUGAGGUGCAGUGGGUAAAAGAUGGGAUUGUUAUUGCAUCAACCCUUAUUACGCCUCCGAAUGGGUCACGUGUCACUAUUUCACAUCAUAAUGAAAGCCAAACUCAGUUGUCGAUCAUCGCAGUUUCCUUGGAAGAUGCUGGAAAUUACACCUGCAAUGUCACAAAUAAUGUUGGUAGUUCCUCCUCAAAUUGGACGUCGAUUGUCAUUCAAGUGAUACCAUCUAUAGAGCAGGACCCAAAAGCCAGUCCGGUCAAAGAGAGAGAAAACUUGACUCUAUUUUGCAACGCUUCUGGGAGCUCUUUGAGGAUAUCAUGGAAAAAAAAUGGAUCUGGUAUAAAUCCCAGUGAAGAUUCGAGAAUCCUUUUGUCAAGAGACAACGUACAGCUGACAAUAGUUAAUGUGAGCAGGAAAGACAACGGAGCCUACCAGUGUGUGGCAAGCAACGAGGUUGGAAGUGCUACCUCCAAUGCUGCCAUAGUAAAUGUUCAAUUUGGGCCUGAAAUCUCCGAACCUCCAAUUGAUACCACAAAAAAAAAGGGACAAACUGUUGUAUUAAGUUGCUUGGUGGCUGGAUACCCUACGCCUGCUGUUGCUUGGACAAAGAAUGACGUCGAAUUGAAUUCAAUAGCAAAUUUACGAUUGAGUGUCUCUUCCAAGAACGGAAAUCAUACUUUGAAAAUAACAGAUGUUCAAAAAUCGGAUGCAGGACAAUACAGAUGUGUCGCUAAUAACAGUUUGCAGACCUCUAAGUCAUCUCCUUCGACUCUUACAGUUCAAUUUGCACCAGAGGUGACAAUUGACGGAGAUCAAAUACAUUAUGUAGCCAACAGCACAGAUUUACUGCUUACAUGCAGGUUUCACGCCUUGCCUCCCGCGUCUGAAGUGCAGUGGCUAAAUAAUGGGAAUGUGAUUGCAUCAACCCUCAGCGUUCCCUCAAAUGGGUCAAGAGCGACUAUUUCACAUCAUAAUGAAAGCCAAGCUCAGUUGUUGAUCACCACAGUUUCCUUAGAAGAUGCUGGAAAUUAUACUUGUAAUGUCACUAAUGUUGUUGGUAGUUUCUCGAAUUGGACAUCGAUUAUUGUUCAAGUGACGCCUGCCAUUGAGACUGUUCGAUUUGCUCCUGAAAUCUCCCAAUCUCCACGUGAUACCACGGAAGUGGAAGGACAAACGGCUGUGUUCAAUUGCGUAGUAGGAGGAUACCCUACACCUGAUGUUGCUUGGGAAAAAGAUGGAGUAGAAUUGAAUGUGGCUGCACAUGCGCGACUUAGUGUGUCUUUCAAUAAUGGAAACCGCCAAUUGAUCAUAACAAAUGUUCAACAAUCGGAUGCAGGUCAAUACAGAUGUGUGGCUAAUAACAGUUUGGAUACUGUGACUUCAUCUCCAGCGACCCUAACAGUGCAUUAUGAGCCCGAAGUUGCAAUUGAUGGUAACCAAGAGCAGUUUAUAGCUAAAGGCGAGAGCUUCACGUUGAUCUGUCGGUAUAACGCUUCACCGCCUGUGUCUGAGGUGCAGUGGAUAAAAGAUGGAAAUGUGAUUACCAUAAAUGCCACUGUGACUAACAAUGGAUCAAGAGUUACUAACAUCUUUUAUAAUGAAAGUCUAUCACAGCUUUCAAUCACCUCAGCUUCCUUACAGGAUUCUGGAAAUUACACCUGCAAUGUUACAAAUAAUGUAACUGAUACAACAGAUUCGACGUCGAUUGUUAUUCAAGUUGCACCAGAGGUGACAAUUGACGGAGAUCAAAUACAUUAUGUAGCCAACAGCACAGAUUUACAGCUCACAUGCAGGUUUCACGCCUUGCCUCCCGCGUCUGAAGUGCAGUGGCUAAAUAAUGGGAAUGUGAUUGCAUCAACCCUCACUGUUCCCUCAAAUGGGUCAAGAGCGACUAUUUCACAUCAUAAUGAAAGCCAAGCUCAGUUGUUGAUCACCACAGUUUCCUUAGAAGAUGCUGGAAAUUAUACUUGUAAUGUCACUAAUGUUGUUGGUAGUUCCUCGAAUGGGACAUUGAUUAUUGUUCAAGUUUGUUCGUUUGUUUGCCUCCUGGUCGUUAAGGACCGAGACGAGGAGCUCGAUCUUGACAUUCCUAUAUUUCAGACCCCAACUAGUUCUUAG